CACGCAAGGGCUUGGGGUCUCGCCUGGGCCGGCUCUUGACUGGACUAAGGGUCCGAAGGGAGCGCAAGGGAAAGGAGAUCUCUGAGGAGGCCAGACUCCCGGAUAGGCCCUGGGGUGGCCAGAGCUGUCCUGACCUUGCUCAGGGCCAGGGCAGCACCAGUGAUGUCAGCCUAAAGGUCCAAGCCCAAAGCCAUUCAGAGUGGGACCUUCAGGUCAGGAGCCAUGGUGGUUUAUGGAGUCGGAAGCGACUACAUGGUUCAGAAGGACCAACUCAACCCCUGGGACGACUACAGAGGCCAGCCGUGGGCAGUGCCUGCGACUUGGCCAGCUAUGGCUCUGUGGGGCCUGAGAGUCUGGUGCCAGCAGGCUCUGCAGAGGUCAUUCCUGGUUCCAAGCAUCCCUCCUGCCUAGGGCCUGCUCCUCCAUGUUUGAAACAGGGGUCCCCAGGCUACACCUGCCAUGGCCUCCAACACAGUGCCCCAGAUGUUCUGCUGAAGCCUGAGCUACCUAGCAACCUGGAAGACUCACUCCUGCUGCCCCGCCCACUGUCCUUACCCACAGCAGCAGGGGCAAAGGGCAAACCUGACACCCCAGAGCCAGCCCAGACCCUACACAUUCGUCCCUGUGUCAGAAAGACCCGCUACCACAUCACUGUCACCCUGCAGGGGUGUGCCCAGGCAUCUGGGGAAGAAGGCAAGGAACCGGCCCGACCAGCUCCCCACCCCUGUGGCCCUGAGGAAUCCAGGGGCUGGCAGGAACCUCCCCAGGGGCUCCGCCCCAUCACCGGGCAUCAGAUCAACUCUCGCAGGGAGCCCGGGCUGACAGUCCCACAGCAUCAGGGAAGCAAGACCCAGCCGCAGGAGCUCCAAGUGGGCUGGGAACCUGGAUCCCCGUACAACCGGGAGCCAGACCACAGAGUGACAAGGACAUCUCAGGACAGGUUGCUGGGGCCCAACAUGGAGGAGACAGCUGGGCCCUCGGCCCGGGCUGAGGCCCGAGUGGUAAGUGCCACACUGACAUGGCGGCAACGACCUCCUGCCCAGGAAGAGACCAGACACCGUUUUCACAAGGUGUCCCUGGUGUCAAGUGCUCAGAUAGAAGAUCCACGGGAGGAGAUGUGUGAGCACAGCUUCCGACAAGAAGUCAAUGGUUUUGUCACAAAGGAAGAAGAGACUGUGAAUUACCAGGGCCUGGGGAAUAAGCCUAAAUCCACACACUUUCAGAGUCAUGGGCCUAUAUUUUCCAAGAAGUACACUCCAGCUCCCAAGGAGAAAAGGCCAGUGGUGAGGCUGAAGGAGGCUGUGGACUGGAGUGAUGGUGGCCUCCAGGCUCCCAGGACUGAACCACCAGGCAUGGGAGCCAUGGCCAGGACUGAGUUAUUGGUGCCCUUACCUGGACCACGUGAGCCAAGUCCCCACCCCAGUGUGGGUGUCACCAGUGGGGGUUCCAGGAACCAGGAGGAGUGGCGAGUGACACGCACUGUGCGGACCACCACCACUACUGUGGUAGGAGGGCAUGUGGACCGCCAAGUGAGCAGCUCUGUGACCAUGGGGCCAACAGUACCUGGAGAGGCCCUGCCAAGGGGCCGCAAUGUGACCCGCACAGUCAGGGCAAUGGUGGUGAGACCCGGAACUGAAGGCUCACCCAGCCGCAGCCAGGCCCUAGAACUGCUGAGUAGCCUGGUGCCAUCAGAGCGCAGUCCCCCUACCAGCCGAAUCCCAAGGCCCACAAGGAACCUUGGCCAGGGUGGCACAAUGGGAACAACCCUGGGACGGCUACUUGAGACCAGUGCAGCUGAGCCAAAGGACAACUCAGCCCUGGCCCCAGCAGGCACCCCAGCAGUUGCUCACCCACCUCAGAACUUGGAUGUCUCUUCGGCCCUCCCAGCCCCAGACCAAGGCAGAAUCCCAGAUGGCAAGGCUGGGGAAUCUCAAAGGAUGCAGGGAGCCUCCAGCCCUAUUCUGCUCCCCAACCAGACUUCUCAGAGCCAAACACCAGCACCCUCCUCUCCUAAGUCCCAGACUCAUGCCUCCUCCCUGGCCCAUUCCCCAGAGCAGCCUGUGGUACCUAUAUACCCCAGAGCCCAGCCCACUCCCCAUGUCCUGUCUCCUGUGAAAAGAGAGGGGUUGGCUGAUCUCCAUUCGGCCCCCAUCCCACCCAUGGUCAGGAGCGAGGUUACAGUACCUGGACAGCCUCCUGGUUCAUCCUCUGUAAGGAAGAAGGCUGUUGCCAGCCCAGAAGGCCUCUCUGCUCCUGCCUCCCCAAAGAAUAAGUUUGUUCAGGACUCUGAAACUGUGCCCAUGUCUUCCCUUACUCAGAAAGAGGCACUGCCAGGCCCUAGUGUUUCUGCCCAUCCAUCCCACACCCCAAAAGAAGUUGUGCAGGGCCCUGGUGCUGCUGCUCUCCCAUCCUCCAAGCCAACUAAUGUUGUCCAGGUCAUGGAAGCAAGUCCUUCCCCUUCCCUUCCCUGGAAAGAAACUGUUCAAGGCCCUGCUGCCCCACCUCCCAUGACCCCUGAGCAGGAUGAGGCUGUCCAGGGUUCUGAAGGGACCCCCGUCUCAUCAUCUGCCCCAAAGGAGGGUGUCCAGAGCCCUGCCAUGGCCCUUGUCCCAUCCUCCUCAGAGGUCAAGGGAUCUCCCAGUCCAGAAGGCUCUCCUGCCCCAAUGGAAGCAGAGGUCAGCACAGAGUCCCAUCUUGUUCCACACUCUGCUGAAGGGAAGGUGUCCACAGAGCCAUCAAGGGAGGAGGAUGAAGCAGCCCUGACAGCUGACCUGGAGAUUUUCCUGGAUACCUUGCGGAGCAUGGAGCCCCCUGAGAUACUCCGUACCCACCGGUUGCCCCGAGCUCCCCGCUCCUCCUACUUGACUAUGUAUGCCACACUGCCUGCCAUUGAGGAGGACCAGCUAGGUCCAUGGGUGCCAGGACCCAGCCCUCAGGAGCAACCCACAUUGGAAAAGGAGGACGAGGAGGAUGAGGAUGAGGAUGAGGAGGAGCUAGAGAACCCUUACCUAAGUGAUGAUGAGAAACUUCAGCGCAGGCAAGAGAAGGCAGGGCCCAGGCCCUCCUGGAACCCCAGCCCUGCCAGGCCUGUCCAAGUCUCUUGUUCUCCUCUGGAGAUGAUGAAAAGACAUGUAGCAGGUGCCAAGGGCUCCCUCUCAGAGCAAGGCCCAGAACUACAAUCCAGUAGCCGACCCACUUCCCGCCUGGGAGGCAGCCUUCUCUUUGGCAAUCUGGUACCUGCCAACAAGGAUGCCCCUGCCCUGGAGCCUCUGGGAACAAAAUUAUCUGCGUUGUCACCCCAUGUGGCACCAGGGGUCAGGAAGGUACCAGGACAAUUGCCCCUGCUCUACAGUGGAAGGCCACCUCCAGAGAAAACAGCACGUACCCAGCCCCUGGAGGGGUGGAGCCCAGCACUGAAGACCCAGGGCAAGUUGAACACCAGGCCUGGCAAGGUGAUCCUCUUCUCGGAGCCUGGAUGUCAGGGCAGCAGCAGGGAGGUCUGGAGAGACACUGCUGAUGCCUCAGGCUGGGCCUCUGUCACCUCCAUAAGGGUGGUACGAGGCUGCUGGAUGAUAUAUGAACAGCCAGAGUUCCAGGGCCAGAAGCUGGUCCUGCCUGAAGGAGAUGUGGAACUCAGAGCCUUGGUGUCAACAUGGAGUCCUCAAGGCAUCGGCUCCCUGAGGAGGGUUGUGCAGGACUACUGCACCCCCGGGAUCAGCCUGUUUUCCGAGGAGGGCUUCAAGGGCGAGCCAGUGAAGCUAACAGAGGCCUUGAAUGACUCCCAGGGUCUGGAGAGACCCCUUCGGGUGGCAUCUGCCACUGUCUCUGCAGGAUUGUGGCUGCUGUACCCCAAACCAUUCUUUGAAGGCACUCCCUCCAUCCUAGAGCCUGGAGAGUACCCCACAUUUGAGGCCUGGGGUACAUCAAACCCUAGUGUGGGUUCUCUGAAACCUAUGAGAUUGGGCUGCCCAAGUGUGGAGAAAUCUGGGGAACCCAAGGCUGUGGUGUAUGAGGCCCCCGGCUUUCAGGGCCGGAGCUGGGAAGUGAGCAGAGACAUCUACAACCUUCAGCAGCCAGAGGACAGCCAGAGUCCCCAGCUGGCCUCUGUGGGGUCCCUGCAAAUUCUUGGGGGCUGCUGGGUGGGCUACGAGAAGGAGGGCUUCCGGGGCCACCAGUACCUGCUGGAAGAAGGCGAAUAUGCUGAUUGGUCACACUGGGGAGGUUAUGAUGAGUUGCUGACCUCCCUGCGGGUCAUCCGGACGGACUUCGGAGACCCGGCCGUGGUGCUGUUUGAGGCCAUGGACUUCGAGGGGCACGGUGUGGAGGUGAGCUCCGCAGUGCCGGACGUGGAGCUAGUGCAACACGGACCCAGCACACAGGCCAUCCACGUGCUCAGCGGCGUGUGGGUGGCCUACGAGCAGGUGGGCUUUUCCGGGGAGCAGCACGUCCUGGAGAAGGGUGUGUACCGCAACUGCGACGACUGGGGCUCGGGCAACAGCGCCCUCCGCUCCCUGCAGCCAGUGGUCCAGGUAGGGGAGCACGAUCUGCACUUCGUCUCGAAGAUUCAGCUUUUCUCAGGGCCCGACUUCCUGGGCGAGCACAUCUCCUUCGAGGAUGACCAGGCCUCUCUGCCCGCUUCCUUCCAGCCCCAGUCAUGCCGCGUCCACGGUGGCAGCUGGAUCCUGUUUGAUGAGAAGAAUUUUGAGGGGGACCAGCACAUUCUGUCUGAGGGCGAGUUCCCCACUCUCACAGCCAUGGGCUGCCUGGCUUCCACAGUUCUGGGCUCUCUCCGGAAGGUCCCCCUGCACUUUUCAGAGCCUGCUCUUUUUCUGUACGGCCUGGAAUGCUUCGAAGGGAAGGAGAUCGAGCUGAAUGGAGAGGUGCGCAGCCUGCAGGCCAAGGGAUUCAACAACCACGUGUUGUCUGUGCGCAUCAAGGGCGGCGUUUGGGUGCUAUGUGAGCACAGCGACUUCCGGGGCCGCCAGUGGCUGGUGGGCAGCUGUGAGAUCACCAACUGGCUGACCUACAGUGGUACCCAGAGGGUGGGCUCCCUCUACCCCAUCAAGCAGCGCCGAGCCUAUUUCCGCCUCUGGAAUGCAGCACUAGGGGGAUUCCUGGCAGUGCCAGACCAUGUGGAGGACAUGAAGGCAGGCCGUGUGGUGGUCUCUGAGCCCCGAGCUGGAGGCAGUUGCAUUUGGUACUAUGAAGAUGGGCUACUGAAGAACCAGGUGGCCCCCACCAUGAGCCUGCAGGUGAUUGGACCUCCUAGCCCAGGCUCCAAGGUUGUGCUGUGGGCUGAAAGCCGCCUGCCACGCCAAAUGUGGAGCAUCAAUGAACUAGGUCACAUCUGCAGCCAGAUGUUCGAAGGCCGGAUCCUGGAUGUAAAGGGUGGCCGAGGCUAUGACCGGGACCAUGUGGUGCUAUGGGAACCAACCAAGGAGAGGCCUUCCCAGAUCUGGACUGUCCAUGUACUUUGAACCACCUUUUUCCCCCAGCCCUGGAGGCUUUUCCUGGGAUGAAAUGUUUUUAUAGGUUUUUGUUGUAACAUAAGCUAUUUUCUAA